AUGUCUUCGCAUACCGAUACUUCCGGUCGGAUAAGGACCAGACAGCGGGCCAAAAGAGCAUGCGAAAUGUGCAAGCUGCGAAAGCGGAAAUGCGACGGUCAUGAGCCAUGCACUUGCUGUAUACGAUAUGAGUAUCACUGCGCGUUCAAGCCUUCUCCACGAGAGAAAAAGACCAUCUCUAAGUCCUCGACAGCGCUGGGAGAUGAACCAGAUGCACAAAGACUCUCCGAUCGAGCGGGCGCUAACCAAGCGCACAUGGAAGCCAAUUCAGGCACUGCUUUCCCUCAUCUCCUGGGAAUGAUAUUGAAUCCCCAAAGCGCACCCAAUGUGCAUGGCUUUAGCUGGAAUUUGGGUCCACGAGAUGAGCCUCUUGAGCUCUCCACCAAUAUGACGGGGCUGAUUUCAAAAGAGGAGAUGGAAGAACUGGCCAGCCAUUAUUUAAAGAAGAUACACCCUGUGUAUGGGGUCCUGGACCCUGAAGAUUUACAGCAAAAGAUUGACACCAGAUGGAAUGAUUCUACGACCGUGGCUUCUUAUGACUCUAUUCUCUGCGGUGUGGCGGCAUUAGGCUCCUUGUACUCGGGCCACAAACAACAUCCAAAGGAAAGCGCACUGGUGCAGUGUGCGAAGGAAAAACUCGAAACAACCAGAACUUCAAAGACAACUCUCCUUCAUUAUGCGAGUACUUGGAUAUUACGGACCAUUUGUCUCCGGAGCACUAAUUGCCCUCAUGCGUCGUGGAUGGCCAGUUGUUCCACGAUGCACAUCAUCGAGGCCAUCGGAGCUCAUCAAGAGCCCGAACUGGCAUCUUUAGUGUGUUCCGACACUGCAGAUGUCAGUUUUAAUGAAGAAACCCGGCGUUGGCUCUUCUGGGUAGCCACGGUUUUAAAUUCGUGGAUUUCCUACGAGUACGGCCGAUCGCGCGUGACCCCACGAGGUGUCUCAUGCAAGCUCCCCUUGCCUCGGAAGGACGACUUCACCACGGACCUCAUAAGCUGUAUCAAAUCUCCGAAUGGCUCGAUCCAGACCGUGACAAUAAAGCUUUUGCCUUCGAAGAGCCUCUGUCCCGCGUUGAGGGCCUUACACUCUCCCAUGAUGCUUUGA